GGCCCAAAGCGAAGUAUCUCAUUGAUUGGAUGUGUAUCGACAAUGCAACCGUCAUGCUCUGACUCAGUACGCGACUUCUCUCUAGGACCCACAUCCUCAUACCAUGGCAGCAACACCCCUCAGGCGAAUUGCCCUUAUUACUGGCGCGGCUCAAGGGAUCGGACGAGCAAUCGCUCUCCGUCUAGCGAAGGAUGGCCUCAAUGUCGCCGUGAACGACAUGCCGUCGAAGCGGCAGGAGCUGCAAAAGGUCGUCGCCGAAAUAGAGCAUAGCGGCCCGGGAGGCCAACAGGCUAUGGUCGCUGUCGCCGACAUUUCGUCUGAGAAUGACGUUCAGGUCAUGACGGCAUCCGUCAUUGAACAGCUCGGGGGAAUAGAUGUGAUGGUUGCUAACGCUGGAUACCUUUAUGCCGCAGAACUUGUGGACUCGACAACAGAAGAAUGGGAUAAGAUCAUGGCGAUCAAUCUCCGGGGUACCAUGCUCUCUUACAAAUACGCUGCAAUGCAGAUGAUUCAGCAAGGCCGUGGUGGUCGAAUCAUUGGCGCGUCCUCUUCUGCUGGAAAGCAAGGGUGCAACAAUGCUUCGGCAUACGCGGCUUCGAAGUUCGGUGUUCGAGGUUUGACACAAUGUGCAGCCAUAGAGUUAGCGAAAUAUAACAUCACGGUGAAUGCUUACGCGCCUGGUGCCAUAAACACGCCCAUGGUUAUGCAUCCACAAGAUGCGGAACGCGGCUUAGCUCCAGGGACGACAAUGCUCGAGCUCACCGGUAUGCUUGAGCGCACACCACCUCCAGCAGAUCCGGGAGUGAUUGCCAGCUUGGUGUCUUACUUGGUCAAACCCGAGGCCUACUUCAUCACGGGUCAAACAAUCAACGUCAACGGCGGUACUGUCUUCGACUAAACCUCAGGCUAUGGGCAUGUUCAAAGCGUGACGAGAUUCAACGCAACCGCCGGUCUAUAUGAAGCUUCACCGUGACCUUCCGUGCCAGCCUUGAGUCUAUGACAUUUCGAGCUUUAUCCUAUGUACAAUGCCAGCUAUCACCGAGCUGCCGAUGGACACACUGUACUACCGUACUACUACUACGUAGUAUGAUUGAUAUU